CUCUAUCCUGGUAACCACCAUGACCCCAGAUAUGAAAGGCGACGCGAGACUUCCUUCGCCCGCAGAGUCGGUUCUGCCCGACCCGCCCCCAAUCCACCCCUCCUUCAUCCAGUUGGCAAAACCAUACAUCUUCGAGCAGACCAUCCAGCGAUGUAUUGCCGCCAUGGGGGUGAAUCCCCUGCGCGAGGAGGCCUUGCGCCUCCAAGGCGUCACCUGGAUUGACAACGUUCGUCGGGUGCUGUAUCUUCCUAUCCGGACGUUUGACACCGCCGUGGUGUACUACCACAAGUUCCGGCUUGUUCACCCGGAUAACGAGUAUAGCUACACGGACGCUGCUGCUGCCGCCCUCUUCACUGCGUGCAAGAUCGAGGACACCUUAAAAAAGUCCCGCGAGAUUGUCUGCGCCGCGUACAAUCUCAAAGUGUCUCCUUCCGAGCACUUGUCUGCAGACAACCCGAUCUUCGAAAUGCCCUCCCGAGGCAUCAUCGGCCUGGAAAGACUCAUGCUCGAAGCCUCCGGGUUCGACUUCCGCACGCGUCAUCCCCAAAAGACGCUGAUCAAGCUGGCCCGCAAGUACGGUCUCACCGCGCAGUCCGCCGUCUCCAGCACUGCCUACCGCAUCUCGCAGGACCUCUACCGCACCUUUGCGCCGAUCAAGCAGACGUCGUCUACGAUGGCGUUUGCUUGCCUGGAACUAGCCGGGCGCUUGCUGGACGAGCGCAUCGAGGCUGUAGAGGAGGGACGGGACUACCACGCGUGGCGGACGAGUCGUGAAGAAGUCAUGGAAACCUUAUUUGAUCUCCUCGAACUAUACACCCACAACCGCGCCUCAACAACACUCGGCCCCCACUUCCCCGCCGACCGCUUCUUAACCGUCCGCAUCCCCCUCAACAAAGAAGCCGAAGCCCAACGACUUCCGCGCUACACGCACUGGGUCGACGACGCAGAUUCCCGAGAGCAACAGCAACAACAACCCAACGGCAGCACCGUCCAAAACGGAGGCCCCACACGACCCCUCCACCCGCUGACACCCGUAACCGCCAACGGGGAGCGGCCCAGGGCGAACGAGAAGGGUCGUGAUGGCGCCGUGCGGUUCAUGUUGGACCCGGAGUGUGCGGGGGCUGAGAGGGCGCGCGUUGCGGAGUUUUUCAAGGUGGAGAUGGAGGAGUAUAGAGUUGAUGAUUGAUUGAUCGGUCGAUCUUGCUUCUGUUGGUUUUUGAUCUUUUUUUUAUGUGCAUACUCUGCCAUCUAUCUCUAUCAUAUGUGCAUACAUGGGCUGGGCGGAUAGAUGAUGGAUGUAUGCAUAUGUGGAUGGGAAGAAAGAAAGAAAGAAAGAAAGACACCAACGUCACCGCACCCCCCGACACUGCCCAAGCCAGGUCCAGAGGCCAGUCAACUCACGCGCCUGGAAGAAAAGUGAACCGUCUCGAAGAGAAAAAAAAGUGAAGGCCUAAGGCCCUUGCUAUCUACUGCCAGCUUGGGAGACUGUUUCAGAUAUGAGGUGGUUAACAGACUACCUUGCUAUCUGUCUGUCCUGUUUUGGAUACGGGCGUGGAUAGAUGACGGAUGGGUGGUUGGAUCGUGGAUGGAUGAAGAUGGGCAGGGAACGGCCAUGAUCAGAGGAUAUACUAUAGAGGAUGGACGGACAAGAGUGGGGAUUGACCGAAGAUAGAUCUGUUGAUGGUUCAACCGUCCAACCUGAUAGAUAUGAGCAUACAAAACGGACUCAUACAUUUAUCCUAGGUGAUUGAUUUUAC